AUGAGGAACCGGGUGAUUCAAAGAAAGUAUUGGCAUAUAGCGGAUAUUCCGUUGGUGGUUAAUGUCUGGACCCCAGAGUCUGCUCAGCAUCCUCCAGACUUGUCAGCCAUGCCACUCUGGGUUGACCUCAGAGGAGUACCAAACACACUUUAUUCCCAUAAAGGACUGAAGUGCCUGGUUGGGGCAGUGGGACAUUUUGUGAAACUGCAUCCGAACACGGAGAAAUGUGUGAGGCUGGACAUGGCCCGAAUCCUAGUGGAAGUCGAUCUACAUAAGACUCUGGUGGAAAAGAUCACUUUCACGGACAAAGCGGGAGCUUCACACGAAGUCGAAGUCAAUUAUCCUUGGCUCCCUCCCCGCUGCAAUGUCUGCUGCAGGUGGGGACAUAAGGGACAGGACUGUUCGAGUAAGGAGAUAAAAAUCCUUAGUAAGCGAACAGGGGAAACUAUCUACGCCUCGAUGCCGCGUGAAGGGAUAACUGUCGGAGGAGGCAAGGGCAAAGAAGUGGAGGGUAGCAGGGAUAUUGGUGUGAAGGAUGAUAAGAUAAGAGGAGGGGACGAGACUGGGAUUGUGGAAGCAGUGGAGACAAUGCCUAAGGAGGGAAACGCUAUGGAGCAUCUAAUAAAGGACCUGGAAGAGCUUUCACCUGUAGCAUCUUCACACGAGGAAAAAACGAGCAAGAUAUCUGAAACAUCUAAGGAGCUUUCUAAGACCAUUGACGUGUGGGUUAACGGGAAGGGAGUGAAGGCAUCAGGCGAUGUGAACGGAGAAAAGGAGUUUACGAUCUCCCCGUCAAGAUUUAGUCCUUUACAGGACAUCGAUGAAGAGGAGGAAACAUGCUUAGAAGGAAGUGGAACGGAAGUUGAAGAGGUCGAGUUUCGGGGAAAUAUAGUGGAUGGCAAAAAAGAAAAGGAAUUACAGGUGGCAUCGACAAGUAGGCAACAGGGGUCGGUGCCAAGGCAACUUCGGGGGAGAGUAACUGGUUCUAAAGAUAUGAGUAAAGGCGGAUAUGGAGGAAGGCACGGAUCGUCAAAAAAAACUUCCGGUAGGAAGUUAUGA